AUGGCCCCCGACCUUCCUGACCUCCCCAUCCCCCCUUGUCCUCGCUGCGACUCCAAGGCAUGGCGCCACACCGCGACAGGCAUAGUAUGUGCGAACGAGCAUGCGCUGCGUCCGUCUCUUCUCGUCCCCCGUGACGCCCCCAAGCCCACAGACUUCACCUGGGACGGCAUAACAGGUUACGCGCAGGUCCUACACGAGCCGAGUCUCCUGCAGCUCCGGCAACACACGAACGCGACGAUGGUGCAUGUCAUUCUGGCGCAUGCGGCGCACACCGCGCUCGCGGCCCGCCACGCGGCGCUGCAGGACGCCCAUGACGCGCUCGCGGCCAAGCACGCCGGCCUUAUUGCGUUGUAUACCGACCUUGUUAAUGCGCACCGGCGGCUCGAGGGGCAUGUGGAGGCUCUGGGUGGACGUGUGGAGGCACUGGAGGGUGUGCAAGCCGGCCUGUUUGAUGUGACGGUAACGGUUGUGCCGAAGGUGAAGGUGGAGGGGGAGGGGGAGGGGGAGGACGAGGAGGCGGCAUAG